UUCUUUAUUGCUUCAAUUAUGUUUUGCCUUUUACUUGUCAUGUUUUGUCAUUCUCCGAUUCACAGCAGCGCACAAGCUGCCAUCCUGGUUUGUUGUCUGGCUAGAGGAGUUCAACGGCUACUUUACCUUGUCGGCUUGUAUGAUUGCCCAAGGUGCUGCUGCGAAUCAUUCUCAACAAAGAUGACAUUAGGAAGAUCCACAAUGAUAGUUUGCCAGAGACUCUUGAUGAGUUUUAUUCCAUCUUGAAAUGCAAGCUUGGGUUGGAAGGUGACUUGGUGGUCCAAUAUGAAGAUCAAGACUUUGAUAAUGAGCUCUGCAACUUGAUGAGCUUGUCUGAUCUUCCUGAGGGGAGGGCAACACUGAAGGUAACUGUAAAGCAGGCCCCUGAGUCAUAUCACACUGAUUCAACGUUGGAUACGGCAAGUUUGUUGUCAUCCCCAUCGUCUUCUCGUGACGACAUUUUCACUCGCCAUCGGUCUUGGCCUGAUCCUUUUGAGAUUCCAAGAUUUUCAUAUGAUGUAGAGUUGCAGCUUAAAAGAGGUAAUGAAGCCUACGAGGAGAACGGAACCUUGCUUAAUAUAAGGAAAGACACUAAAUCUGAGAUACUUGACAAACUGGCAGAAGCAAUGUAUGCAUACACUGCCUACCCAUCACGAGAAGAAUAUGACAUUGUUGCACAAAGUCUCAUCAGGAAACAUCCUUGCCUGAGAGAACCUGGGUCUGCCAAAGGUUGGUACUGCUGGAAAUUCAGUUUAAAAUUCAAAAUGGGAAACUACAGGAACAAGCUCCGUGUGGCUGGAUGCUCUCAACUCCAAGUUAAUCGCAGCUCCUCAGGACCAAAACAGAAGCUCAAGAAAGCUAAAAAAGCCGAAGUCAGUUUUCUUCCUGACUUCCCUGAAGGAAGAACUCAAAAUGUUAUGGAAGAAGAGAGAUUAGCCAUUAUUGAAGCGAUGAAGAAGAAGAAAGCUGAUAUGAAGAAAGUCAAUGAAAUGAUGGUUGGCACCUUUUCCCUGAGACGAAAGUAUAUUGUGGAACAACAACCACCUGUGGCAGAGGUGAAGACCAAGUGGCCAGCUUUGUUCACAGAGAUACAGAUUGAAGCUGAAUUCACUCGAAUCACUUCAGCUGAUCUGUCAGGGUCACUUUUUUCUGGGCUGGAGCAGCAUUUGCCUCGAGUAAUGGAACUCUACAGAGCCAGGAUUGGCAGCUGUCCAGAGCUGAAAAAGGUCCUUAGCAUGCUUGAUGAUGAUAAUUCCAACCAAAUGAAACGGGCUGUCAUUCUAAGGGGCCUGCCAUAUUUCCUCCGUGAAGAUCCUUCAAAGUUCCUCAGGUCUACAGAGGCUACAGAAACAGGACAGCAUGGCGAGGGACAUGAAUGUCGGCAUCCUUCUGGUAAAAGAAGGAGAGGAGCUUCUUGA